CACCAAUUAACGUUAAUAUAUUUACUCUUAUCUAAUACUGGGUCUGAUCCUACCAUAAAACUUUACACGUUCACUAAGUUAAAUUACAACUAUCGCCGUCCACCUAAUUAAACUUUGUAUUUACAUUACUUCCGAUAAUGUCCAGGCCAUCUAAAAAACAUAUAAUCUCUCCUGAUGCCUAUAGCACCUGCAAAAGAUCUAAAUCAGUCACUAAAGCGAAUAAUGUGAAACCUUAUAAACACACUGAUCAGUCUGCAUCCUACUCUGAUCUUCCCUCAGCCACACUAAACGUGCACCGUCUACUUGGACAAGACAUAUCCCUACCUUGCAUCUCGCUUGUCGAUAUAAAUAAGAGCAGUCACAUACCGUUAGAGUCGACAUCAUUUGUCAGUCCAAACAAAAACACCACAUGUUGUGAGCAGUAUUUAGACAGUGCUGUUGACCCCAAACACCCAGCAAUCUCACAAUCGGCCAUCCUGAGUAGCGGCCCACGGAGUACAUGUAAGCCUGCCUACAAUAGCCAGUCCGGUGAUGUAGAUCUUGACUACUCACCCAGACAUAUACCCCAUUCCCCAACUAAGUGUGCACAAAGUGAACAUCCGCUAGACACCUGCAACAGGCCUGUAUGUAACCAUAUCGACUUUAGAAACUUUGAUAUAAACUCCGAUAAUCUCACCACUGGUAGACCUAAAAGCAGCCAAACAGAACUUAGCCUCACCCAAACUAUUCAAGACCUAUUACCUUACAAAUAUUUAAUCAGUGUUCCAGAAAAUCCCGAUCUGGAAAUUAUAAAAAAC